ACACUCAACAUCCUGGACUGAGAGAAGUAAUUCAACCAACAAACAAAGAAGAGAGAAGAAGAGACGAAACAAAAGAAGUUGCGAGGAGUCGAGUGAAAGAUUGAGGAAGAAGUUAAUGUCUGAAGAAAUGAUUCAUACGCAACACAGGGGGGGAGAAGGUCGAGGAGAAGAGUAGAAGGAGGGUGAGAAGAGGAGUAAAAAGGACAACAAAGUGGACGACAAGGAGAAGUUUGCUCUGAACAACAGAGGAAGCAGAGAGAAUAAGGAGGACAAAAGGGGAAAAAGUUAAGUUGAGGAGAGGAGGUGUAGGGUCAUGGAGGAGGACAUCAGGAAACAGGGGAUUCUGUACCUGCAGCAGCAGAGGUUUGGAAAGAAAUGGAAACGUGUGUGGAGUGUACUGUACAGAGACAGCUCCUGCUCCAUCUCCAGACUGGAGUUCUUUGAGUGUAAAGAUGGAGGAACGGUAGAUAAAAGUGACAGAAGUCUGCGCAAACAGCAGGAACACAAGAAGGUGAUCCGUUUGUCAGACUGUAUCCGAGUGUCAGAGGUGGAGAUAGACGGGUGUCCCAGAGAUACAGCACCUUUCCUGGUGGAGACCACAGACAAGAUCUAUGUGUUCGCUGCAGACAGAGGGCAAGUGGAUGACUGGACACACAAACUGUGUGAGAUUGCCUUCCCUAUGAGUUGGACAGAACCUGGAGGGAAGCGCGGCAGCCUGCAGAGAGGAAACAGGGUGGAUGAGGAUGGAGGGAUGGAGGACAACAUGCUAUACAGCAGCAGAGACACAGUGCGUGAAUUCAGAGUGUGUGUCAGGAGGACUGAGGCAUCUGACCGCUGCAGACUGAAAGGAGACGGUCUCCUGCGAGCAGACAGGGACGCUCUUCACCUGCUUCAUAAAACAGGAGACGUCAUGUUCACCUGGCCGUACAGAUACCUGCGCCGCUUUGGAAGAGACAAGUCCACCUUUUCCUUCGAGGCAGGGCGGAGGUGUGAGUCUGGCGAGGGGAGCUUCGAGUUUGAAACCAAACAGGGAAACACCUUGUUUCAGGUUGUGGAAGCAGCUAUCAACCUGCAGAAGAUCUCCUUCCCCCACAGACAGACCUCCAGUGGGGACCGGGCGAGUCCAGAGAUGCCACAGAACCUGAACCUGAACACGCUGCCAGCCCAGAGCAGGACACUACCACUGUCUCAGCCCCGCACCCAUAUCCCACAGACCCCUGCUCCUCAGGCCGUGGACGGCGUGUACAGCACAGUGUGUGAACACUUGAAUCCUCAGAUGAGUCAUCACAAAGAGAACUCCACCACAUCACAGCAGCAGCUGCGCCCUCAGCUGUCUCAUCUGGAGCCUCCUGUUGAGAAAGUACUAACCGGAGUGAAGAGUUUGACUCUGGACACUCGUGGUCUCCCUGUCCCUCGUAAGAACCAGGUAAAGAUGAUUUCUAGCUGCCCUCUGCCCCACGCUGAGCCCGGCCCCAACCUGGUCCCAGGCUCCAUCUCUUCACACAACCAUCUUAGUGCCAAACUGAGUGCCAACUUGAACACAGAGCAGAUGUACUCUCAAAUCACACAGUUGGCUACCAGGGAGCAAGGAAUCAAGAGGGAGAGAAGGGAAGGAGGAGGCAUCAUGGUUCCCCCCUGCACCCCCCCUCUAAUCAAUCCAGACCCAGAUUACUCCCUCCCCUUUGAUAUUAUCACCAAGAAUGUUAUGGCGGAUAUUCUGAGCUCCCAUCAGGCUCCUAUCAUAAUCUCUGAGUCUGCCACAGACCCCCUCUAUGACAGCAUUGACGAGAUGAAGAUAAGAAACUUCCUGAGCCAAAGUGACAAACCCGGGCUAACGUUUAGCAAAGGAGAACACAUCUAUGAUGAACCUGAGGGCUGCGGCGCUGCUCCUGGUGGGCAGAAAUCCACCACUCCCUCCUCAGUGUAUGAUGACCCAGAGGAGAUGAGAGGAGAUGCCUGGAGGCUCAUGGGCACACCUGCUGAUCCCAAAGGUCACGAGUACCCAUACAAUCCCCGGGUGGAUGAUUACGCCGUGCCUAAACGACCACAGAGGGCAUUUCCUGUUACACAAAGCACCACUGAAGAAGAUAAUAUAGAGGAGGAAAAGCAGGAGGGCGAAGAGGAGGAGCAGGAGCAGGAGCAGCAGCAGGGAGAGCAGGAGCAGGAUUCACCAUACAACAACGUCAUGGUGAAGAAGGUGUAGAGACUGGACACAGCUGUAAAUAGAUAGAUCGGCUCAUUAUUAUGAAAUUAAUAAUCACUGAUCACUCCUGCUGAUCGGUGACCCUCUGUGACUUCAACACUGCUACACACAGCACAGCUUUUCCCAUUGUUACAGUUAUCUGAGGGCAUUACCAUGGUCUCUAAACAUAUUUAAAGGUCCAAACUUUUUUAUAUGGGGUCCCAGUGCUUAAAUAUGACAAGCAAAAUGUGUGCACAAAAGACUUACAACAAUAUUUCUGACUAAUAUUAUUGUUACUAAUAUUAGUUCCAAGCCAUUUCCACAAGGUAAUUUGUGUGUUUGACAUAUGAAUCAACAAUCUAAUUUUAUGCAUGUGUUAUUGAAACACAGGCUUAAAUAGUUAUUAAAUGAGACCAAAAUAAAUGCAUUUACACAGAUGUGUACCUGCUUUAAAGUAUUGCAUGUUUUAUGUUUUUAAGAAGAGAGCACAGCACACAUUUUAGGUGCAGCAUUCUAGUCUAUUUCAGUUUUUCUUCUUCUUUCUUUUAGUAAAAACAGAAAAUCCAACCUUGCACUUGCAAUCAUUUUUGCUAUCUUUAUCUUUUAGGCUGUUUUUGGUUUAACUUUGCUUGUGCUCCAUUGACAAAGCAGGGGUAAGUUCAUCCCCAUGUCAAACAUCUAUUUCUUGUGGCUGGUAUCUGAUCUGUUAUGACAGAAACAUGAACAAGCUCCACCUCAGAGGUGGAGGUGCACUGUAAACAUCUAAUGUCAAAGGCUAGACAAAAAAUCUGCUAAUUAAUUUGGCAACUAAUAAAUUAAAUGAAUAAAAGAAACCUGUGACCCAUCGGUGUAAAUGUGUAAAUAUAAACAUGAUAACACACCAACUGUAUAAUGGUGUUUAAACCUGCGAUUGAAUGAUUUCUAUUUCUGUAAUAGAGACAUUAUUUUCUGCCCAGGGACUACUGAUGUAAAUUAACUUGUAGUUAACACUGAUAAGUUGUGUACUGUACCUUUAUUAAUAAUAUUAAAUUACUAAAAAUUAUAUUUCCACUUUGAAUUGUGAUAUGUUGAGAACAGGUUUGCCACAUUGUAACAUUUUGCAUGUUGUGGAGCAUUAAUAUCUGAGGAUGAUACUGUGUUGUCUGUCAGCACCGUGGUGUCCCAGUCAAUCAGUUUCUUGUUAAAUUAACAAAUAAAGUAUAAUAUGA